AUGACUACCACCAUGUCUUCUUCAGAAGUACCAGCUCUUCACAGUCCUCCAAGUCCUACUGUAAAACGUCCAAAAGGAAUCCUCAAGAAUUCCUAUCACCGCUCUCCUCCCUCUCAAGCCCCAAUAACCACCGCCGCACCCCCCAUCGCCCAACCCAAACACGUUGCGAUCCCUCCCGAUCCCUCUCCACUCUCUGGCGCCUCCGACAAAGAUGUAACCCUUCAAAACACUCUUCAAAAUGCCGGGCAUCGACGAUCUUCCUCAGGCAGCCGUCCUAUCCGUCGUCAAUCAUCCACUUCCGCCCAGAGUGACGACGACGACAACAAUAACAUGCGCCUCCAAUGGGACGAAGCAAAUCUAUAUUUGACCGAGCAAGAAAAAAGUAGCACGAUGAAAAUCAACGAACCUAAAACUCCCUAUGCCAAACAUUACGAUCCGAUGGAAGACGACGCCGAACUGCGCACACUGGAUGCGGGCGAUAUUGUAGUGGAUGAAUUUGACAAGAUACAUGGAUCGCAUCUGCGAUCGCCGCGUGGAGCCAAGGGGGCAAGGGAUGAGGAAAUUCCGGGGUUGAGUUUGGGGGAACCGGAGGAGGCGGUGCCGGAUAGGGAAAUGCGAGAUGUGGAUGGGGAGGGGGAGGGAGAGGAGAGAAAAGUUCAUGUUGCUGGAGAGGGGGGACAUGCAGAUGCGGAUGUGUUGGGUAUGACGCCCGAGGAACGAGAGAAACAUGAGAGGUUUGAGGCGAUGAGACGGAAACAUUAUGAUAUGGCGAGUGUGGCGGGGUUGUUAGGUCAUUCGGAGGAUAUUGAGGUGGAUGAGGAUGAGGAGAUGAAUGGGAGAUAG